GGGAGAGAGAGAGAGUUGGCUAAUGGGAUUGAGGGAGCGAGAGUAAGGCUUAGAGAAAAACAGAGACAGAGGGAGAGAUAGAGUUGGGGUACACCUGACCUUAAGGAGGGAGAGUAGCUUUUCUGCUAGCCACACACCCAUACCCACACAUAUACAUACACACACAUACACAUACAGGCAGAGGCAAUAAGCCAGCCAGCAGAGAGCCUGCCGACCGCAGCAGCCAUGACAGAUACCGACUCUCUGAGCGAGGCACUAAAGGCUAUCAGUGUGAGUACAGAGCUGAUUGAGGAGGAGCUCAAGCCUCAUUUGGACACAGUGCUGGCUGCUCUGCUGGAAAAGAAGAAAGAUGCUGCUGUUGAGAUUGCCAGCAGCGGGAUUCUACCCACACUGGCUCAAGCCUUACAGAGUAAAUGCAGCCUGAGCUGCCAGGUGGCUCUGGUAGUGGCAGAGAUGGCCCGGGAAGCUGCAGUCAGGGAGCCAUGCAUUGAGGCAGGCCUGGUGAAGGUGCUUGUUCCCCAUCUGAACAGCAAUAACCAGGAGAUGCUGCUGAACACUGGCAGGGCCAUUGGACGCAUCUGCUUCGACAACUCAUACCAACAGGACCAGUUAGUCCAGAAUGGUGUAAUCCCUCGGCUGGUGUCCAUAAUAAGGGAGUAUCCAGAGAAUGACCCCCUGGUCAACGUGUGCCUGCUGGCCCUCUGUAACCUGGCUGACAUGGACUCUGCGCGGGAUGCCCUGGCAGAGCUGGAUGUGGCAGAUGUACUGACGUUUCAGCUGAAACGGGCGCCUGAUGCCGAACGACGACAUGUCAUCCUGGAAAUACUGGGCUCACUGGGCGAGAGUGAUACGCUGAAGCUGCAGUUUGCAGAAUCAGGAGUACCAGAGGCUUUAUCAGAGAUGAUUAGGAGUCUACAGGGAGGUUCUGACCCCCACGACCUCUGCAGCAUCAAGAUCGCCUCCAAUCUCAUAGUGUCCCUGCUUUUAGGAGAUGAGUCUAUGCAGAAGUGUUUUGGUGAGGGGUCAGGUCUCGUGUAUCAGGAUGUCCUGUCCUGGCUGCAGAGCUCCAACACCCAACUGCAGCUGUCUGGAGCCCUGGCCAUCGCCAACUUCGCCAGGAACGACAGUAACUGUGUGAAGAUGCUGGACCUCGGUGUGGUUCCUCACAUCCUGACCUUGCUGGAGCAGCAUGUCGAUGAAGGAGACGUGUCUGUUCAACAUGCUGGACUGAGUGCACUCAGAAACCUGGCCAUUCCUGCCACCAACAAAGUGCAGCUGCUGGAGGAUGGGGUGACUGAGAGGAUAAAGACCCUGCUGCGCUCUGACAUGCCACCAGUUCAGUUCAAACUGCUGGGUACACUACGUAUGAUGGUGGAUGGACAAGAGGAGGCAGCCUUGGUGCUGGGUAGAGAUGCUGUGCUGCUGGCUCGGGUCAUGGAGUGGUGUGAAGCCAAAGACCACGCAGGAGUCCGAGGAGAAGCCAGCCGCCUUCUGGCUGCCUUCAUCAGACACAGCCGCAGUCCUGAAGUUGUCCAUGCUGUAGCCAAAGCAGAUGGGGUUCGACACCUUAUCUCCAUGGCAACAAGUGAGCAUGUGAUCAUGCAGAACGAGGCCCUGGUUGCCCUGGCGAUAGCAUCUGCCACUGACAUUGAGUCUAUGAAGAAUCCAUUUAAGGAUGCGGACCUGUUGCCCAUGCUGAAGAAGAUGUUGGAGGAUCCUGCAGGGGCCAUCGAAGUCAAGUUCAGUGCUUUGGGUCUCAUCUGCAGCCUGGCUAACUCCAGUGUGAUGAAGGAGGAGUUGAACUCUGUGAAUAUGAAGGAAAGCCUCAGUAAACUGACAGAUCAUAGCAGCAGUAAACUUGCCACACAGGCCAGCUCCAUUCUUGCCAUUCUCAGUGACACCAGCUAAACCAGCACACUUCACCGACAAAGGAUCUCAUCUGCUGUAUGGGUUUAUCCAGCUUAUUCAAUCACAUCAUUUAGUCCACUGCACAGAUACUGCUAAAUACUGAAUUGGCCUCUAAAAUGUCACCUGUUCUGUGGCAAUAAUUACUAAUUGAAGACGACCAAGACUGUAUUUUUCUGUUCACAGAAGGAAUAAACCAUAUAAUGACAUAUUUCCUCAAGAGAAGUUGGGUUAAAGGUGUAACAUUUGGCUAAGUGUUGGCUCACUAGUAUAGGGUCAAAAAUAUUAGGGCAAAUUGUUUAUACAGAUAGCAUGCCAGCCACUGUCAACAUUUAGUAGAGGCUCAGCUGCAAGUAUAUCGUGUGAAUUUCAAGAGUCCCAAACAUUUCAGAAAAAUUGUUUGAAAGUGCACCCAGAUUAUGAACAAUACAAACUGACAGCAAAAAGCAUUUUCUUUUUCUGCAUCGAAAAGGUAGAUUUAUUUGUCAUCUUAUAACACAGGGCUGGACAGUGAAAUUCUGGAGUCCCCCUGGUUCAAGGGCAGAGGUGGAGUUGAGAUGUCUCACUGCUUGACAGAAAAAGCUGCUCUGCAGUCUGGUGGUGCGGCAAAGUGAAACUUCUACAUCUCUUCCCAGAAGGCAGCAGGGUGAACAGGCUGUGGCUGGGUGGGUACUGUCCUUUAGUAUCCUUUGGGCGCUUUAGGCACCUCACCUCACCGAUAUCACUGAUGCUAGGUAGAUGAGUACCAAUGAUGUUCUGGGGUUUUUAAUCACCCGUUGCAGAGCCCUCCUGUUUUGGGCCGUGCACAUCCCAUUGCCAAUUUGUAAUGUUUCCAGUCAGGAUGGGAAUUUUGCCUUAACAUUUACUUACAAAAUAUAGUCAUUUCUGAGCUUUCUUUGUGUGUGAGGGCUGAGUGGAGGGCAGUGGCGAUGGUAUGCUCUGUGGAUCUGUUGGUUCUGAAAGCAAACUGCCGAAGAACCAGUUUCUCAAAGCACUUCAUCGGAAUGGGGUUGAGAGCCACAGGGCGUUCAGACUAGACACUGCAGACUUUUAGGUACAGGAACGAUGGUGGCUGUCUUGAAGCAGCUGGGAACCCUCUACUGAGACAGUGAGAUGUUGGAAAUUAAAGUAAUAACAUCAACUAGCUGACUGCAACGGGUUUUUACUACAUAUCCAGGGAUGCUAUCAAGCCCAGCAGCUUUACUCAUAUUCACUCUCAGCAGGAUUCUUCUCACAUCUGCUGUGGAUACUGGCAGUGGCUAUUCUUUCAGGCUUUCUGGUUGGGAAGGGAUUUUAUCAUCUUAGUGAUCACCACAUCAUCAACACAUUUGCUGAUGUAUGAUGUCACUAAUGAUAUAUAUUCCUCAAAAUUGAUGUGGUUCUCCUGGAUGGUAACGUCUCUGAACAUGUGCACUCAGAAGAGUCCUGUUUAGUUGCUGUAGCCUCAUGUGUCCACACUUUGACUGUUUUUUGCUGAUGGUUUGACCAUUUUAAUCACCUGAGGUCUGUUUUAUGAAAAUCAAACAGCUACAUUAAAAAUAAUGAAAAUGAAUUUGCUUGCAUCUGGGGAAAUUUAAAACAGCAACAAAACACUGGUGAAAUCUCUGGGCAGAUGGUCAUUAUCUUAACAUUGCAAACUCAACAUCUGGAAACAUUGUCCAUCAACUUUGAUGGCUAGAGGUGUCAUGACUAUAAAUCCAAGGAUUAACAUUUCUCUUGCAGAGUAACAUACAAGUGGCAAUUUUGGGAUUGUGCUGUAAUAUUGUUUGACCUAAGGUAUUCUAUUUCAUUUUAAUGACUCCAGUGGAAAAAUAAAAUCACAGGCUAAGUUUUAUGGGCUGAUAUUUGUGUCAGAAGAAUCUGAAUUUGAAUUAUUUAAAUCUGAAUUUGAAUUGCUCAACUUGAAU